AUUUUGGACAACAAUGAACUAUCACUCAGGUGAAGCUAUACAUUUAUUGCACCUCCGGUCGCCUACAAUUCCCAAGGACCAUCAUGACGUUUUUGGAACCCACUUUCCUGAUCUUUCUUAUCACGUGCGUGUCUAUUGUGUAUCCUCUCACUGGCUCCAACGUCUGUACCACACAAAGCCUUGUUCCAUCCACUUCGGUUCAUUCGUCAUCUGCUCUUGAUUUGAACUGUGAGGAGUUAGGCUUUACGAUUGCCGCAUGUCAAGCCGCUAGGAAUGGCAGAAUAAGCUUCAGUGAACUGUACUUGACGACAACCACUAAUUCGUGCUGUGAUGGGUGGAUUCAAGAGGGAGAUAUUUGUUCUCCUUGUCCUACUGGGCGGUAUGGUCGUAACUGCUCACUGUCCUGUCAAUGCCUUAAUGAUGGAACAUGUGAUCACCUGACUGGGGAGUGUAGCUGUACUGUAGGUUGGACAGGGAAUCACUGCGAAGAAAGGUGUACAACUGCCACAUACAGCUCAAACUGUACUCUCCAAUGCCUAACUGUGUGUGCAAAUGGCGGAGUGUGCCAUCCCUCUAACGGCCAUUGCUUGUGUGAUUACGGAUGGGAGGGUGAUUCAUGCAACAUCGGGUGUGUGGGAAAAAGGUGCUACAUGGAAAGCGAUUCUUGCAGCAACGGCGCCUCUUAUGAUCCUACAGGUCAUUGCUUUUGUGCACCAGGAUGGCAAGGUCGUUACUGCACUGAGCCCUGUCCAUCCAACAGACACGGGACCUUCUGUGACGAGGUGUGUCAAUGUGAGAAUGAUGGCCUCUGUAGCUGGGAGGAUGGUUCUUGUCUCUGUCAGCAGGGCUACUCUGGGAUGUUCUGUGAGAAUCCCUGCGAGGAAGGUUUCUUCGGACAGGACUGUGAUCUCAGAUGUAACUGCCCUAUGGUUGGAGGAUGUGACGCCGUAGGGGGCGCCUGUCUAACGUGCCCGAUCGGGUAUUAUGGCCCAAGAUGUACCGAGCACUGUCCCCCAAGCUUCUGGGGCCUAUCAUGUAGCCAGCCAUGUAACUGUCUUGACCAGUCAGCGUGUGAUCCAUACACAGGGGAAUGUCCAGGCCAGGGCGCACCUGAACCUUCUCCUACAACGACAGGCAUGACAGGUAUGCAUCCAGCUGCAGUGACUACUACUACUAGUCCAAUGCCUUCCACGCUGGUAUCCAGAUCAUAUGCCGUACCCAGCGAUAAAGGCUCACCGCCAAUGACAUCGUUCAUCAUACCACUCAUCGUCUGUAUCCUUCUUGCUCUCGUUGUCGGUCUCUUAGUCGUGAUCGCAUUAAAACACCCGUGUCGCAGAAAAUCGACUAUCGGAGCGGAGGGUGUCGUCAAACUCACUCAUCACUAUGCAGAAUGCAACGGGGGAAAGGAAGAAAGCGAUUAUGCCGAAAUAGUCGAUAUUAAUGGCGGCUACGAGGUUCCGAUGCUCGACGAACUCGACAAGCCAUCGUCAUCAACGAGCACAGGAAAACCUCAAUGUGAAGUCAAUUAUUACCAAGCUCCACCUGUACGAGCGCCAUCUAAUGACGUAACAACGCCAGAUCCUGUGACGUCAAACAAGAUUGAUAAUAACGGAUAUCUGCACCUUAAUGAAAGUAGGUCGCCACCUCCGGAGUAUCAAACUAUCAUUACUAAAAAUCAAUGGAAUCUGAAGUGAGGAUACAAUCAUGAUCUCACAAAGAAAAAUUGUCAUUUGACGAAGGAGUCAAAAGCUUUGGCGCAUAUAUUCCAUACAGUUUGUUUAUGAAUUUUGAAUCGCUUGACUUAUUCUUAAAUUUUUUUCUUAUCCUUGUAUAAAUGAAUUAUGAUUGUCAAAUUGCUAGAAAUGCAUAGCUGUGGUUAAAAUCAUAUUCGAUAUCAUGUAGCAGUACUGACAUACAUUACUGCAUAUUCGAUAUAGAGGUCGCUGAAAUUGGUUUAUGUGAAUGUUUGUACUAAUAAUAUUUUUGUCAGUACUUAAUUUAACUGGAACCUCAGAGGAAACAAUUGUUAGCCAAGAAGCCAAGAGGAUAAUAAAAAAUAGCUGCCUGUUUAAAUCAUUCGAACUUAUGAUUAUAUAGGGGGAAAUUGUUCAUCAUAUAGAAGAAAGACAUAAACAUGGUAAUGUUAAGGAAGAAAAGAGAAUUCUGAAAAUGCCCGUUACCGAGCCUGCGUCAUUUCAAAUUUGGUCAGCGAGCUGGUCUCUCAGCAUUAUUAAUAUCUAGCAUGUUUCUUCCAUAAUUCUCCUAACAAAUUGCAUUAAAAUAUGAAGAUAAAGAAGCAUAAUUUACCGCAGGGGGAAGGCACUGUAAAUGAAGGGGAAAAUCGCUUGCUUCGCUCUUUCCAAAAUUGCAGAAAACCGCACUUUUAAACCUCCACACCACACUACAUUCGUAGAUGUUGUAGCAUGUUUUAAAAAUUUAACCAGUGACUUUUUACUUGGGCCUAAUAAAUUCUUCGUUUUACCAUGUACCAACUAAGCUCAGUAUCUCUCCUGGGGUCCCAUCACUUAACCAGACCUGUUUGCGCAAGAUUAAAACAAAUGUAAGUCUACGUAAUUCAAACAAAGUUUUUUUAUUGUGAUCUAUUUUGCUUAUGUAGCUUAAAACCUCAAGAGUUUGCCUUCAAAUCGCUGAAAUAUGAUAAACAAACGCUUGAUUAUGCAGUUACAUGAUUAUAAAGAUGAGGUAAAACGAUAAAAUCACCAUUAUAAUUUUAAAAACAAAAUUUUUAAGAAACCUACUUAUAAACCUACAUAAUUAGCCCAUCUAUGUAUCGAUACAAAAUAUCAAUCAAGGAUGCGAAGUAAAUAGAUAAUGAUUACAUAACAUGUACAUUUUUAUUCUUGGGAUUGAUAAUCUGAAAGAAUUUUAGGAAAGGGAAGGAAAGCUGUAAUGUUAUUAUCUUAUAUCAUGGUUUUAAAGUAUUACACUGCCACCGCGUAACGUUUAUUAUUGUAUUUGUGUAAAUAUGAAAUACAAGUUUCUACAUGUCAUUUACAAUUAAUUCAACAAUACUGUCGUGUUUUCGUAAUAUUUUGAUAUAAAUUUGUUAUCAUUUAAAAUUCGCUGACUAAAAGAUACAUAUUGUUAUGUAAAUGCUAUAUUAUGAUAUUUGACAAAGAAAGAAGUAAUAUUU